UUAAGUUAUUUUUCUAGAAAUACAUUAAUUUUUUCCAAUGUUUUAAUACUAAUAUUAUUUUCGUAUUUAUGAAGAGCGUGUAAACCUGGAAAAUGGGACACGAAACUGAUUUCUCCAGGCCACCUGAACUUGUCAGCUGCUCUGAAGAAUUUAAUAAAAAAGAAAACAACUUUUUGAAAGGGUGUAAAUGGGCUCCUGAUGGAUCAUGUCUACUGACCAAUAGUGAAGACCAAUGUUUGAGGUUGUUCAAUUUACCAGAGAAGAUUUAUAAUGGAGAAAUACAAAAUUUACCACCAAUUGAUGCAGUCCUGAAGAUGUUUGAAUCAGGAACAAUUUAUGACUACUGCUGGUAUCCAGGAAUGUCAUCAGCUUCUCCAGACACUUGUUGCUUAGCUAGUACAUCCAAAAAUAAUCCAGUCCAUUUGUGGGAUGCUUUUACAGGGGAAUUACGUUGUACAUAUAGAGCUUAUGAUCAAGCUGAUGAAAUUACAUCAGCACAUAGCUUGGCAUUCAGUUUGGAUGGGAAUAAACUUUUUUGUGGUUUUAACAAGAUGUUAAGAAUAUUUGAUGUCAGUCAACCAGGUCGGUUUUGUACCGAACAAGCAACAUAUUCAAAGAAAAGAAAAAAUGGCCAGUCUGGAAUUAUAUCAUGUAUUGCACCUAGCCCUGUUGACAUGUCCUUGUAUGCUGCGGGUUCUUACUCUAAAGAAAUUGCCUUUUACACGACAUCAUCUGAAAGUAUGCUUUGUAUGCUAAAAGGCCAUAAAGGUGGAGUGACACACAUAAUGUUUUCAUCAGAUGGAACUAAACUUUACAGUGGUGGUCGUAAGGAUCCUGAAAUACUUUGCUGGGAUUUACGGGAUCCAGGCACUGUAUUAUAUGUUGCAACACGUCAAGUUGAAACUAAUCAAAGAAUUUAUUUUGAUCUUUCACAUUCUGGUCAGUAUUUAAUAUCAGGAAACCAUGAUGGUACAAUUACCAUUUGGGACACAUCUAAGACCUCUGAUAAUGAAGGUACAAAUGCAAGAUAUAGUCUCUUAUCCCAUUUCACAUAUUCUGGCCAUACAGACACUGUCAAUGGAGUUAGCCUCCAUCCAACUUUCCCUUUAGUGGCCUCAAGCUCAGGGCAGUGGCAUAGCUGUAUUGAUGAAGAUUCUGAAGAUAAUGUUCCUGUCAAUUAUUCAAAUGAUCUCCGAUUGUGGUGGUUUCAGUAAAUUAAAAUUUAGAAAGUAGCAGUCAAAUGGUUAAUAUAGUGGACUGCAUUUUUAAAUCUUUGUGGACAUAAUAAAAUAUGAAGUAUAUAAUAAAAGCUUUUUAAAACAUCA